AUGCGCGUUUUUCAGAAACGGUGCAUCGAUAAUGUCUAUGUGAUAGCCGUAUCGCCGAGUAUAUCGCAUGCUGACUAUCGUUCGAAGGAGAAAUCGCACGAUUAUAUCUUCAAAACAUUAUUACCGAAUGUGGUUGGCGAAAUCGAGCAGGUUCGUAUCGCCCUCCCGGUGCAAUCGAAAUUUUCGGUUUGUGAAGCAGCUGAGUUUGCUGUGAAUACAGUGGCAGCAAAAGUGCGUGAAGUGCGUAAGAAACGACCGCAUAUGAAGUUGGUUCUGGCCGGUUGGGGAACGUCGUGUGUCGUGAACCAUCAAGUUGUAAACCAAGUGCCGCAUGUGUCAGCAAUAUUGAAUUUUGCUUUCCCGUUGAGGACAGCAGAAGGCAUGCGUGGGGUACGUCAGAGCUGA